AUGACGGCAUAUCCUUUUCCAUAUUCUCAAGCUGCAAAGCUUGAUUCGAGGAUUAAGAUAUCUCGUCCUAUGUACGACCCUACUCUUGCUCCGAUACUCGAUGCUGCCUCCUUCCCAGAAGAGUUUGACCUUAACAUCAUGCGAGACGUUGCUAGUGGACACCAGAAUUGCUCACAUGGCACGUUCAUUUUCAACGCAACAACCAUUCUCAAGGAUGAGCCGCAUUUGACACAUGCAGAGCACAUCAUUCUUGGACCAGACAAUAACCCAAUUAUUCUUUCCAUCUUCACACCAAAACAGCCGACAGUGGUUGCACGACCAGCUUUAUACCACAUCCACGGGGGUGGCAUGGUCAGUGGAGACCGUUUCACUGCCUUAACCCCUGUGAUUGAUCUCCUCAAAGGUAUCGACUGCGUGAUCGUGUCGGUCGAGCAUCGCCUUGCCCCGGAAACACAUGCUCCUGGCCCAGCCGAAGAUUGUUACGCUGGACUGGUCUGGGUUUCUGAGCAUGCCACGAGCUUAGGAAUCGACCCAGCGACAAUUGUCGUGUUUGGUGUCUCUGGGGGAGGCGCACUGGCCGCCGCAACUUGCCUUAUGGCUCGAGAUAAGAAGGUCCCUGCAGUACCAAUCAAAGCCCAGAUGCUCUACUCGCCUCUGUUGGACGAUCGAUUGCAGACCUUGUCAGACCAGCAGUUUGAGUAUGGUAAUCCAUCUAGCACGGCAUGGAUACGAAGGAUCUGGGAGCUCGUCCUUGGUGAAGCCUACGGAUCUAAUCGAAUCACACCAUAUCAGGCUCCAGCAAGGGAGGCCGACCUCUCGAAUCUUCCGCCCGCAUAUAUCGAUGCUGGCGAAUGUGAGGUGUUUCGCGAUUCUUCCAUCUCCUAUGCCACAAAAAUGUGGCAAUGUGGAUCAACUUGCGAACUGCACAUCUGGCCAGGAGCCUGGCAUGGUUUUGAUAUGUUGGAUGACCCUAAUAUUCCUCUCAUUCACAUGGCCAACCAGGCAAAAAGUAAUUGGUUCCAAAGGGUUCUGAAACCUGAGACUAAAUAA